CGUUCAUUACUGUAAAGUGUCAGGCAGGCCAGCCUUCCGCGCGCUGAAAUUGACGUUUGCAUCCGCGAGAGUUACCGGCCGGGGCCUGAGCACGCGGCAGAGCGGCGGGACACGGCCUCAACAGAGAGACCCACCAUGCGUGAAUAUAAGCUUGUGGUCCUGGGCUCCGGAGGCGUGGGGAAGUCUGCACUGACAGUUCAGUUUGUACAGGGAAUAUUUGUUGAAAAAUAUGAUCCCACAAUAGAAGACUCGUAUAGAAAGGCAAUUGAGGUUGAUGGGCAGCAGUGUAUGCUAGAGAUCCUGGACACUGCAGGCACAGAGCAGUUCACAGCAAUGAGGGACCUGUACAUGAAGAACGGGCAAGGUUUUGCUCUGGUUUACUCCAUCACAGCACAGUCCACCUUCAAUGACCUGCAGGACCUGCGAGAGCAGAUUCUGAGAGUAAAGGACACAGAGGAUGUGCCAAUGAUCUUGGUUGGAAAUAAGUGUGAUUUAGAGGAUGAGAGGGUGGUUGGGAAGGAGCAGGGUCAAAAUCUUGCUCGUCAGUGGAGUAGUUGUGCCUUUCUAGAAUCUUCUGCCAAAUCAAAGAUCAACGUCAAUGAGAUCUUUUAUGACUUGGUAAGGCAGAUAAACAGAAAGACGCCGGUGGAGAAGCGAGCGAAAAAUAAGUCAAACUGCAUUCUGCUGUAACAAACUGCAUCACCGCAGCAGCUCUGAGCCAGAUUGACGAAAUGAAGAACUGUUGCCCAGCUGGCCAUCAUUCUGUUCCUCUCUACAGUUAUUGGCCAAACAAUUAUUAAGGCAGAACACCGGACUCCUCAACUAAAACACAGACUUGAAAGAAAAAAAGAGAGAUGCAGCCUCUGCCUUUUCUUCCAGAACAGUCUUGAAAAAAUAUUUUCCCCCGCUCCUUGAUUGCCAGUUUUUUUUUUUCUCCCCUGAAGCAGAUUCCACAAUAAGUAUGAGUGUCUGGAGCAGAAGCUCCGUCUCUGACAUGGUGAAUUGGGGUUAGACACUCUGGGAAAGGUUUCAGGACUUUCUUAAUGCCUACAGACAGAACGGGGACAUUUCAAAAAAAUGCUUUUGAUUGUAAAAUGAUUUUAUUUUGUUUUUUUUUCUCAUUAUGUUUGGACUAUCACUAAUCAUUUGUAUAGAGACGAAGUGGCCCUUCAUUCAUCAAAACAUUUUCCUGAGUGACUUUUGAACACUGCUUUCUAAUUCCCUUUAAUAUGCUUCAAUCUUUAUCUAAACAAACUGUGAAAAUUACUAAUGUUCUUUUUUUCUUUUGGUGGUAAAGUUAAGAUGAGCAAUUUGGAUCUGUCUAUCUUCAAGAUAAAGAUAUUUUUUGCUGAAGCCAAUGCAUUUUUUUUCCACAAUCAAAAUGUCAUUAAUAUUUCCAGUUUUUAAAGAUAAUAAACUUUUAGUAUAUAUUUUUCCCUUGGUUGUAUUUUGUGCUAGGCUGUAGUUCAGCCUGGGAUAAAUAUCAGCCGUUUUGUGCCUGAGCAGGAGAAGGAUGACUUCUGAUCUCUAUUGCAGAGAUGACUUCUCCUCCGAUAACCGUUAAACCAAUAAUCAAUAGACAGUCCUUGUCACUUCAUUUGCCAAGUUAAAUCAGUUUUGAUGUGUCAGAUAUUUUAUUUUAGCCUUCAUUGUUCUGCUCCAUGGUUUUGUUGAGCAUUUUAAAGUGUCUGGCUGGCUUUUGGUUUGUUUUUAAAAGUAAUGUGUGCUUUAUGAUUUUAUUUUUUACAUAGAUUUAAAUAAAUGUAUUUCAUAUUGA